UUGCAACCCCAAAGCCCUUUUUCUCCCUUCUGCCAUGGACAACAACACAGAAGGCUCUAUGUCAGAGUCUCAUGUGGAAAAGGAAAAAAAGACAGCACAAUAUGUAGUUGAAAAUGAUGAUAUUGCAGCCACAUCUUAUGCGCAAGGACAAUACUCUAUUUCGAAUUGCAUUGAUGUCUUGAAAAUUUUAAAGGACUCCAAAAAUUACAUUCCUGACGAAGAUUUUUGCUAUGCUUUUGAAUUGAUUAAAGAUAGCAAGAAUAGAAUAAUAGUUAUUUCUUUAAAAGAUCGGGUGGAUAUUUUGACAAUUUGGAUAAAAAAUAUGUAUAUCAAGAAAAAUUAUGGAGCAUGGUAUGUUGGUGGUUUGAGACAUUGACGCGGGUCGGACACUGACACCCUUUCAUUAUAGGUGUUAGUGUUGCAUAGUAGAAAAACCUUCAGAAUUUGUAUUUAGAUUUGAUUUUUUUUAUUCAUUGUUAAACUUCAUAUUGUAAUGAAUUAUUUACUUAUCAUUUGUGAUUUUGUUUUUCCUUUCAAUCUGUUCUAUCAAGGGCUUUUAAUUAGUCAAACUAAUCAACAUUCAAGAAACAAAAAAUUAAGAAUAUGCUAAUCUCAAUACAAUUUUUUUAGUUGUCUUUUAAGCUUCAUUUUCUCUAUCUUUUUCAAUUAAGUCUUCUCAUCAAUUGCACAUCUUUGAAUUGAAUUUUGAAUUAAUUUAUUUUUUA